AUGUUAUUGUUUACUUUCAAAGUGAACAAUUUUAGUCUAAGAGAAUGUUUUCCUUUCCAGUUGUCAAAACCUCAUCCCGAGAUCGCAUUAAAGUCAGAACAUUUGGAGCAACACGCGCGCCUUAAUGAAGCGUGCAGAAUUAUAAAAGCGAUAAAAAGCGAUCCUAUUAGAGUUGAGCUUUUUUCUCAUGAAUCAUUUUCUCCGCCAUCAUCGCAUGACAUCACAUUCUACUCAAAAGCACGACAGAUGAAUGAGAAAGCUUUUCUCCUUCUUUUGAAGUUGAUGUGUGGUGAAAACGACAGUUGUGAUAUGAGUUUUUCAAUCACACAAUACAGCAACAAUCUAAUGGUCGUUUGGUGGAUGACAAGAGAGCUUGUUGAAGCAAACAUGCCCAACCAACUCAAGGAACAGGAUUAUUUGAUUACGCUUUAUUCAUGA